GUUAUGCGCAUGCGUUGUAUAUGGAGUUUGGCGCGGGACCACUCAAGGAAGACGUCCAUAAAGCUGCGUGCAACUGUUGUCUCUGGCAGAAACUGUCAAUAACAUCUCAGAUUCUAUUUUAUAACCUUAAAUACAAACUGCCAGCAUGUGGAACCAGGGAGGGUACAGUGAGACCAGUACGGUGGGAGGUUACACUCAAUCCCCAGGAGGCUUUGCAUCACCUGCCUUAUCCCAGGGAGGAGACAAGAAAGGGAGAACUCGUGCAAACCAGAUAAUCCCCUGCACAGUGUCUCAGCUGAUGUCUGCUUCCCAGGCAGAUGAGGCCUUCAAAGUAGGAGAUGUGGAAGUUGCCCAGGUUACAAUUGUGGGUAUCAUCAGGAGCACAGACAAAUCCAUGACCAACAUCCAGUACAAGGUUGAUGACAUGACAGGCGCUCCCAUGGAUGUGAAGCAGUGGGUAGACACCGAGGACCCCAGUGUGGACAGCACAGUCCUGCCCCCAGGCACUUAUGUCAAAGUUUCUGGAAAUCUGCGCUCCUUUCAGAACCACAGGUCUGUCGUGGCGUUCAGCGUCAGACCCCUGGAGGACAUGAAUGAAAUCACCUCGCAUAUGCUGGAGGUUGUCCAGGCGCACAUGGUGCUUGGCAAACCUCAGUCCAUGUCAGGGGCUGGAGGAGGAACAAGCAGUAAUGUCGCACCUAUGUCACGGUCUGGCACGGACAACACGGGAGGGAGCUAUGCUGGUGCUAAUGACAUGGUUAACAAUGGGUUAAGUGCGAACCAGAAUCAGGUUCUGAGUUUAAUAAGAAGCUGCCAAGACGCACAGGGCAUCAGCAUCCAGGACCUAAAGCAGAGACUAAGUGGCAUGAGUCUGGCUGUUAUAAAGCAAGCAGUGGAAUUUCUAAGCAAUGAAGGUCACAUCUUUUCCACCAUUGACGAAGACCACUUCAAAUCAACAGACAGUGACGAUUAGACACUUCACCUCUCUAGCACCAGUGGGGCUGCUUGUUUGAAUUUAACCUAACACAAAUCAUUAGUAUAGGUUUUAUUAUUCAAAGGUAUAAACUAAGUUGCAACAUUUCUGACCUCCUCAGAGCCGUAGCACUGAAUCAGGUCCCGUGAGUCCUUCUCUGUUCAGUUGAAAAACGCUUGGUUUCAAUUUGGUGAGAUGCUUUGUUCACACAUCCUGUAUUCCUGAGGUUGCUUCUGCUAUUCUGCAGGUCCCAAAAGUGUUGCUGAUUAACAACCCGUUACUGGCAGUUAAUACACUUUUUCUCUAUUCUAUUUUCUCUUUCUUCUCUUUCCCCUCCUGUCCACUGCAAAGCAUUUUGUAAUUUUAAACAAACUGGGAACAUAAGCACUCAAUUUAUUUUUGUGUAUGUAACUUUUGACAAAAUUAAAAAAUAUAUGUACAAAAUA